AUGAGCGCUGGGACAGGACAGGUGUUGAAUAGAGCUCUCACAGGUCCUGACAAGAAGCUGAGACAGGUCUUGGUUUGUGUGUGCCCUGGAGUAAGCAGCUUUAUUCUUACAGGGACACCAAGAAGUUCUUUUUCAUUGACCCAGAUCAUUGAUCAAGCUUGUCAAGAGGCAGAAGCUUACAAGGAUGCUGGAGUUGAUGGCUUGAUAGUAGAGAACAUGCAUGAUCUUCCUUAUAUGGUGUGUCCUGGGCCUGAAGUCACUGCUGCAAUGACAGUCAUUAGUGCUGCUGUGAGACAAACCUGCCCGCGCCUGGCGCUGGGUGUCCAGGUCCUGUCUGCUGCAAACCAGGAGGCAGUGGCUGUCGCUCUCGCUGCAGGUCUUGAUUUUAUCCGGGCUGAGGGGUUUGUGUUUUCUCAUGUUGCUGAUGAAGGGAUUAUAAAUGCCUGUGCAGGUAACCUGCUACGAUACAGGAAACAGAUUGGAGCAGAGAACAUUCAGAUUUUUGCUGAUAUUAAAAAGAAACAUAGCGCUCAUGCUCUGACAGCCGAUGUCGGCGUGGCCGAGCCCGCGGCGGCCGCCGAGUUCUUCCUGGCUGACGGGGUCGUACUGACUGGCACGGCCACUGGAUUGCCUGCCCAUCCUCAGGAGCUGAAAGAGGUUAAGAAUGCUGUGAAGAUUCCUGUGUUGAUUGGGUCUGGAGUGACUCUGGAAAAUGUGACGAAUUAUUUGGAUGCAGACGCUCUAAUAAUUGGUUCGUAUUUCAAGAAAGAAGGUUAUUGGGCAAAUCAUGUUGAUCCUGACCGAGUAAAGAAGUUUAUGGAACACAUAAGUAAACUGAGAGAAUGA